CGGAUUCCUUAGGUGCAUCUUGGUCCAGAGUUGGGUGGAAAAGAAGCUAAAUAACGGAAUUUCCACUUUUAUUAGCCGGGUUUACAGACUUAUCAGUUUGGAGGAGACUGGAAGUGAACAGUCAGCACGGAGAAGAACUGUGAGGUUGCUACGAGGUGAGAGAGAGAGACAGAAAGCACAUCUAAGUGGACCAGAUGGCAUGUUGUCCAUAAAAUGCUAAAAUAGCGCUGAGGCAAACACAUCAGCACAUGUCUACUAUUGUCCAGAGAGCCAAUAUGCAGAACCUGAGACUGCUCAUCUUAAGCAUGCUGUUGUGCUCAGCUUUCCCUGCAACUCUGAAAGCCCGUGAAGAUUCCUUGACUCUUUUUUAUGGGGAAGACUUUCACAUCACCAUGCCUGCUGGUGAGGCUGAUGUGUCGUUCAGGCCUUCUGUUGUUACUGGAAAUGAGAAGCCGCUGAUGAGUUCAGGGAAGGUGGUGGAUCCUCGUGCCAAACUCAAUGUUGGUUUGAGCCACCUGAUCUUGGAGAAUAUUGGAGAGAGUGAUGAAGGAGUUUACACCAUCACAUCCAACCAAAACCCUGAGGACGUUAUAAGCAUCAAACUCUAUGUUAGAGAUUGCUCUAGCGAGCAUAUUGUCAAUUAUGGCUCCGAUUUUCAUGUUUCGCUGAAUGAUAUCUCACAGCCAGUGCGAGUGGGCUUUCGCCACAGCACAGUGGAGGCCAAUCGGACGUCCCUGCCGGCCCUGGUAGUACUGAAUGAUGAUGGAACACCCUGGAAUAAUUACCUGGACCGUAUCCAUGUCACUGCUCGAAAGUUCACUCUCCGUGCUGUCACAGAGGCUGAUGAAGGGAGUUACACCUUCAGUGAUUCCAAUGGGAAAGUCAAGAAGAAGAUCUGCCUAAAUGUGAAAGCGCAUAAGAUCUUUGUUACCCUUUCAUUUGGUGGCACUCUGAAAAUAAAUCUGCACUUGAAUAGCUCCUUGGCUCGCCUGCUCUACACCCCAAGCUCUGAUAAUCAUACGUAUUUGAUUAUGGAGAAAGGAGAGCUCAAGCUGCCCCCUAACCUCCUGAAUCUCAAUGAUCGUCUCUUUUUGGAGGAUUCUUUGUGUGUUCUGACGGGUUUGAAGGCAAGUGAUGCUGGAGUUUUCAGUGUGACUGACCUUCAGGGAUUCCUUGUGUCUGAUAUCUAUCUGGAGGUGGAAGCAUAUAAGCUUCCUAAUCUUUACGUUGCCAUCAUUGCUCUGGUAGCAUUAGUGGUGGUGCUGCUGUUGGUGUGUCUGGUAUCAUGUUUGGUGAAGAUACACAAACGUGCAGCAAAAGCCAAAGCCAUUGAGAAGAAAGCCCAGAAUGCAGGCAAAGUUGAGAGCGAUGCCUUCAGACAGGUUGUGAAAGAGGCCUGUGCCCAGCAGAACGAUGAAGCUCCACCCCUGUCACUGAAAGAGGAUAUCACUGAGAAAUCACAGAGCACAGAGGUCAGCAUUAAGGGUUUGGAGGUAUCUACUAAAGAGCCAAGCCUCCAAGAAAGGAACCUGGAAACCAGUGACUCUGGAGUGGGCUUUAAUACCACUGGCCUUCCACUUGACAGUGACACUGAUGCACCAACAGCACCCAUAGCAGAUUCUGAUGCAUUAAGUUCUUCUGUUGCUCCUGAUGUCAAAGCCAUUCCCAACCAAAUUCCAGAGCAGAACACUGCUCCAUCAACUCCAAAACCAGCCCCAACUUCUGACAUGAUGCUAGCACCUGCUACUAAGUCUAUGGCUCCUCCACCACCUUCUCCUGAACCCAAACCUCCAGUAACACCUGAACCCAAACCUGCUGUCACACCAACACCUGAAGCCAAACCUGCAGUUUCCCCAAAAGCAGAACCCGAAAGCAAACCUGUUGUUACACCUGAAGCAAAAUUGACCAUCCCACCAACACCUGAAGCAAAACCAACCUUAAGCCUGUCUCCAGAACCAAAGCCAGCUCUGACACCUGAUUCAAAACCAAUGAUGAGUCUAACACCUGCAACCACUGAUGUUAAGCCAAUGCCAAGUCCAACUCUGGAACCUCCCAAAGCAGUAACACCAACACCUGAUGCAAAACCAGCCAGUUCUCCAGAUACCAAACCAGCAGUCUCACCAACCCCUGAUCUAGCUAAAGUUGGCACCCCUGAGCACAAACCUGCAGUAAGCCCAACACCAGAUCCCAAACGAUCAGUCACUGCAGCUCCUGAUCCCAUGCCUGUUCUGACUCCGGAUCCUAAACCAACUCCAGUCUCUCCAGUCCCUGAGCCUAAACCAACUUCACCCACUCCACAGUCUAAACCACCUGUCUCACCAGUUCUUGACCCCAAACCAACCACUAAUGGUACUCCAGAGUCCAAGGCUGACAGUGGGUCCAUCUCUGCUGGGCUGGAUGUGAAGGCCAUGGAGGCAUCUGCUACUUCCCCCCCCAAAACCCCUAAUACUGGGAAAAGCUCAGUCAAAACUCCUGAGCUCAUCUCUGCUCUGGAAGGAAAACUAGACUCGACUUCUCCCAGUGACAGUGCACCACCCUCAAGCACUGAUGGAGCUGCCACCAACUGAGAUUACAACCGUAGCCUCUUUCCUGUCACCUCUUCGUGUUUUAACCACCAAUCGAGACACUUGACUUAACAACAAAGUAGAGCUAAGUGACUUCCUAAGUGGGUGGGGUUCUUCAGUCUUUUGAGUUUCACUUUUAAAACGAUUAACAUUCAUCAAUAAUACAAUCCACUGUAAAUUCACUCGAUUUACUAAUAUUUAAUCACUCUGUAACAUUAGUGUAACAUACAUGAAAUACAGAUAUAAAGCACUGUGGACCUUACCAAAAAAGUUGCGGACCCCCCCCCAAAAAAAAGAAAAUUCAGUCAAUCUUUACUCGUAAUGUUGCAGACCCGUAUGAUUUUCUUUCUUAUGCGGAAUAGAAAAUAUCCUGAUCCAUCUUUUUAAUACAAUGGCAUCUGAUAGUGCCUUUAAAGCUAUAAAAAAGGGCCCAAAAUGAUCAUAGAAGUAGUCUAUGUGACCAUGCACUACCACUGCCAUAGUAUUGAGAAGAUGUAAAGAGAUAUUCAUUAAAACAUCUCCAUUUGUGUUCCACAUAAAAAAGAAAGUCAUACGGGUUUGGAAUGACGUGAAGUUGAGUAAAUUAUUACAGUAUUUUGUUUUUCAGAUUAAUUAUUUCUUCAAUACAGAUUGAAGGAGGCUGUCUGCAGGAUUUAAGGAAAGUUCACAAAGGCAAAUCUUCCUUCACUGAAAUAAUACAGCAUCACUGCAUGAAGAUAUUGAGAAAAUAUAUUGCAUUAUAUAAUAUAAUAAUUCAAGAUUACUGCAGUUAAAUUUGAAGUGCACAGAAGGACCAACUUUCUGUUUUUUGAGGACUGAAAAAUGUUGUCGUAUUGCAGCGCAUUUAAAGGACAUGUCUCAGUGUUGCAUCUUUGCCGAAAAGGGAAACAGUAAAGAGAGAAGCCAUGCGAAGAACUUAAUAUGAUGAUGGAGAUCUAUUUAGCCAAAUUCCAAAAACAAAUCUGUGACUCUGUGCCUGGAGGACAUUUUUGAGAAUCUUCUUCAUUUUAUCCAACCCAAGACACAUUCACAUUUCCUGUUCAUUCAAUAACACAUUUUUUUUGUUGAAAUCUCUCUUAAUAUUUCCAUUAGCAAGAGCUGUUACAAAUUUCACUCUUGAAAACACUCGGCGACAACAGUGUCUUUAAGCAGGUUCUUUGCUCUUAUGAAUGAGAUAUGUUCAGAUCGAUAGCUGUCAAUGAUAAGGCUGUUUGCACAGUGUCUGUCAUUUCAUCAUAAUGAUCUAUUUCUGAUUUAUUCAGAAGGAUGUUUGCAGAUUCUUGUUGCUUGGAGUUGAAGUGAACACAUUUUUUAUCUAUAUUAUUGUGUUGUGUCUGGUUAAAAGGUUAGUUCACCCAAAAAUGAAAAUUCUGUCAUAAUUUUGAACACAAAGGGAAUUUUUUUUUAUAAAUAUUGUGGCCCAUUUUUUAAAAACAUACAGAUUUAAAACACUAUGAGGGCUGUAAAACAGUAUUUACAUUUUUGGGAGAAGUAUGCCUUUAAUCUACAAUGUUCCACAAGUAAUUUUGAAUUUAAAGUUGAAAACUUCAGUCUCACAUAUCAGUUUACAAAUAUUCAAGGUGCCUCCAGUGGAACCUGAACACCACUGCCUAAUAGUUCAUGUGAUACACGUCUAGGAAUCUGCUCUUAACACACUAUCUAUAGGAGCUUUAUUAUAAUCUUGUAAAUGGUAGCUAAUUCAAUAUGUCUAUCGAGAUCUAGAGCGUGGGCAAAUCUGACCGAGCAGAGGAUUGUGGGUAGAUUUUCUAACUGCAGAACAUGAUAUCUACCUCACAUUAUAGUCUGACGUAACCCAAGCAACAUAGUAGGUUAUACUGACAUUGAAACAUUGACAAAAGAUGUAGGCUUUUUGGCAAGCAUAAAGUUUAAAAGAUUUAAGGUUUAAAAUACUAAAUACCGUAUUUUACAAUCUGGCAAUGCCUUCCCCCGCACAACUCUGAAAAUUGCCUUGUUCUUUCCAAGCCUUUUACAGCUUUCUAAUACCCAUGCAAGGAAAUGAGACUUGAAAGUCACACAUUCUUAGCUAAAUAUAUACAAAAAAUGUAAAUAUCAUAAACACUAGAUGUUAUGUAUAAGGUGCACUGAAAUAUUCAAUGGUAAUAAUUAUUACAUACCACCUGACAUAAAAGACUUUGUGACCAAAAAUGCAUAUAUAGUCAAUAAAUGUAAAUUUAUAAUGGCUUAUGAGCACAUGCAGUGUGAAUCGUGUUUUGUGAUCUUAAUGUGGAAAACUCGUUUGGUGAGAACAGGUAUUAAAAUCAAAGCAAUACAAAAACGUGCAGAUACACACCCUCAGUAUGUGUACACAUGCUUAAUCAGAAAAUAACAUAGUCUUCACAUAUAUACUGUGAAGUUCAGUGGAGUGGUUUUCAAGUUCCAGAUUAUUUAAUAAUCACUUCCUUUCACAGAUGAAGGUAGCCACGCCAGGGUUCUUGCAUACUUUCAUAGAAUAGAAAAGCUAUAAACAUAGUGUAGCAUAGCCCACACAAUCCCUUGUGACCAUAAUCCCCUACUGACCCAUCCCAUUGGCUGUUGGCUGUAAGUGAGCUUGAUUUCACAUAUACUCGUUGUCAAUCUCAUGUCCGGCAAAAUGAUGUCACGGUUAAGUGCAUCCUGAUAAUGCACAUCACACAGGUUUCCAGGCAAAAUCAAUAUUCAUCUGGUCACUCAUUGUGCAUCACACUAUAAAAUCAUUUUUAAAGUGAUAGUUUACCGUUAAAUUCUUUCAUCAUUUACUCACCAUCAUGUUGUUUCAAUCCCAUAUGACAUUGUUUCUUCCGUGAAACACAAAAGGAGAUAUUGGGCAUGAUGAUUAGUCUCAGUCAACAAUAACUUUCAUUGCAGCUUUGUUUAGUGAAAGUGAAUGGGGUUCAAAUGGUUUUUUUAACAACAUGAAGUUGAGUAAAUGAUGACAGCAUUUUAUAUUUGGGUAAUCUAUUUCUUUAAUCAUUGCAUGAACUCACAUGAAUCUUCAGGACACUGCCACUUAUAUAUUACUCUUGUAUCUUAACACUGAAUUUUGUGUGUGACACAUUGUGCCCUUGACAGUUCCACUUGUGUGUUUGUGUGGGUGCAUAAUGGUAUUUACCUUUGAGAGAUUAUAGAUGUUUUUCACAAUUGGCAACAAAAGGCCUAUAUAUUGUAUGUUUGUACAUGUGCAUUUGAGUGUGUUUGUGUGUAUGUCAGUUGCAGUGUGGCAGUAGAGCAACCAUCUCCAUUGGAUAGGUGUCAGUGUUAUGCAACUUCCAGUGUUCUCUCCAGCCUGCUGGUAAUUGUCAUUUCUGUUUAAGUGGCACUUAACACAGGUGCAGUGUAGAAGAGUGUAUAGUGCUUUGCUUUCUACUGAGAUUUACAUCAGAAGGGACUCUAUGCAGUCUAGUGGGAUAUUGCCAAACAAGGCUAAAUUCAUUAAUGCUGUCAUUGAAACUGAGAAAAAUGACUUUAAAUUUUUUGGAUUGUUCAGCCAAAUGUUUUGUUGUAGGAUGAAGGUAAUGCACUGAUCAUAAAUGUACAGCAAUCUAAGCAUAGUUGAGCCAGUGUAAGAGAAACAAUUUCUGUCAUAACUCAAUUUUGACAAAAUGUGUAUUGACUGCAUUUUGCCUUAACACAGCAGCAUAACAAGCAGGUGACCAAGAUGGUGAUUUUUAUUUAAUCCACUGACGACUAUGCCAACAAUGCAUCAUCAUUGUAGUCUGUCAUUGCAUGCUAUAGAGUUGCACUCCCAUAGUGUCUAUCUGUGCUAGUGUGGUCAUGCAAAUUUAGGAUGUAGUGUGUAGAAUGUGUCACCCUCACUCUGUAUCUGUCCAAUCAUGAAUUGGAUAGACCUAAUUGGUCACUGACAUUCUGAAGGGCAUUAGAUCAGUACGCAGAAUUGUGUGCGUGUGCUAUGGAAUUAACCCUAAAGAGUGAGGAAAAUGAGUGGUAAGAAUGGAUGGUUCGUCAAAAAAAUUAAAAUUCUGUCAUCAUACCCUCUUGUGGUUUAAUGUCUGUGUGACUUUAAUUCUUUGUGGAACACAAAAGGAGAUUUUUGGCAGAAUGCUAAUUUCAGUCACCAUUCAUUUUCAUUGUAUGAAAAAAAAAACAUGCAAUGAAAGUGAAUGGUGACUGAGGCUGUCAUUCCACCUAAUGUCGACUGUUGUGUUGCAUGAAAGAAAGAUAUAGACUUUUGAAGAACAUGAGGGUGAGUAGAUGAUGACAUCAUUUUUAUUUUGGGUGAACAAUUUGUUCUAAGCAUCCUGUGGUGUUGUGCAUACUCAAUGUCUGGUUGUGUCCCACAGGUGCAUGAGAGUUUUCUGUAGCUUGCUGCCACUAUUUUCCUCUUGGUUUUCCACCUUCUAUGAGUAAUGCUCUUCAGUUUAUCAGUCCCUGUUCUUCCUUUUUGCACAAACACAACACGUAAACAUUUUGUAAGGAAAAGUGAUUCUUUAUUUCAUGCCUAGAAAUUACAAUAAAAGU